GGACGGACGUGUUAAUUGAGUAGCCAGGAAACUGGCAUAACUUAUUUGGGCAGAGGAAACUACUAGAACAACGAAGCUUCCUCAAACACCGGGGAUAUUUAUUAGUAUCCAGACAGACCCCAGCGAACUGGAUCUACGUUUGUCAGCAUUAUUGGCCAAUUUUUCUGCUGAAGCUUGGACUGAGAACGUUUGCUGGGAGAUUGUGGCGAUGGACAACACCGACGCCCGUCAUUUCUGAGGUACCCAGAGUAAGUAAGUGUAGCUCCUCCAGCAAUCAAAGUGAGGUGUGCAUGUGAAAUCUAGAGAUGUGGUUGACGGUAGUGUUGGUUGUAGUGGUGGUACUGCUGUUGGUAUAUGCGGUGACGCACCAGCCGGACGACAAAGGGAUGCCACCUGGUCCUAAGGGCCUCCCACUCGUAGGCAACCUUUUUGAUCUACUCCGGGAAGACUCCAUCACUUUCUUCGCAAGGUUGGCUGAGAAGCACGGCCCCCUGUACAGCGUACAGCUGGGUCUACGACGAGUGGUGGUGAUCAACUCCUCCCACUGGCUGACUCAAGCCUUCGUCAGGCAGGGCGACAUGUUUAACCACCGACCUAGAGGCACCGUUCUGAGCUUCAUCAUGGGUGGCAAAGGUAUCGCUGACGCGGAGGACAGAGUAUGGAGGGAGUCACGACGGUUCACUCUUCACGUCUUGAGGGACUUCGGCUUAGGCAAGCAGUCCGUCGAGGAAUUCGUCAACCGUGAGCUGCACGACUUUUUAGAGGCCACUCAGAAAAAGAUUGGUCAGCCUUAUAAUCUGCACUAUGACCUAGCUACGUCUGUCCUCAAUAUCGUGUGGCACAUGUUCGUAGGAGAGAGGUUCGCCAUGGAAGACAAGAACUUGAGGUGGAUCGUUGACUCCCUAGAAAUGUCCCUUACACUGGUCGAGCAGGGAGGCUUCCUCAAUUACACCCCUGUAUUACAGUUCAUUGGGACUUUCAUCAAACCAAAGGCCUUCAAAGUGGGUUACAACGUUAUUCACCGCCUCGACUACUUCACGGAACUGAUCGAGAAGCAUAAAGCCAACUUGGACAAUCCUGAGCGAGGCUUCGACUUUAUGUACCAGUAUCUGCUAGAGCAGAGACGGCAGCUGCAGCAGGGCAAGACUGACACAAUCUUCACAGGCAGGAGGUAUGAGGACCGGGUUAGGAUGCCCUACACUGAAGCAUUUAUCACCGAAGUUUUCCGCUACGGCUCCAUCACACCUCUUGCCAUGCAUGGCAACCCUGAAGAGACGACCCUGGGCGGCUAUCGCAUACCUAAGAGAACCUGGAUCGUAGGCAACAUCUGGGGCAUCCACUGGGACAAGAAGUUGGGUCUUAGUCGCCGCAACUGUCUAGGGGAAUCCUUGGCUAGGAUUGAGACCUUCCAGUUCCUGAUGGGGAUGCUGCAGAAGUAUGAGUUCGGCAUCCCAGUGGGUCACUCCAGACCCACCACCAAGUUUAACUGUGGAGUCACCCUCAACCCAUGCGAGUUUGAGGUCCUUCUCACCGAGAGAUUUGCUAAAUGGGAUGAUCUUCGAAUUGACAGUGUAGCAUGCAAAGAGUUGGCUGCAGAGUACGGACCACUGUGUAGCGUGCAGCUGGGGCUACGGAGGGUGGUGGUGAUCAGCUCCUCCCACUGGUUGACUCAAGCAUUCGUCAAGCAAGGCGACAUGUUCAACCACAGGCCCAAGGGAACAGAGCACGUUGGUCGUCCCUACAACCUGCACUAUGACCUGGCUACCUCCGUCUUGAACGUCAUGUGGCGCAUCGUGGUGGGGGAGAGGUUUGCUAUGGGUGACCCCCACCUGCACGAGCACAUCAACUCCCUGGCCAUGGCCUUAACCCUAGUGGAACAGGGCGGCUUCCUCAACUACACCCCUGUCAUACAGUUCAUCGGGACAUUCCUGAGGUUCAAAGCCCUGAAGGUAGGGCUUAGCAUGAGCCGUCGCCUCAAACACUAUAAGAACAUAAUUACCCAACACAAGGCCACCCUGGAUGACCCUGCCCGGGGUAAUGACUACCUCUACGAGUACCUGAAGGAAAGUCACCGUCAGGCUCAGAGAGAAGCAGACGUCACCUUCACAGAUCAACAACUGCAGUGGCUGAUGAGCGACCUGUUCAUCGUGGGUCUGGAUACCACAGUCACCACCCUCCGCUGGUGCUUCCUCUUCCUCAUCAGACACCCUGAGAUCCAAGACAAACUAUUCCAGGAGCUGGAAGCUAACAUCGGCACUGAUCGUUUGCCAACUUACGAAGACCGACAGCAGAUGCCCUACACUGAGGCCUUCCUGAUGGAGGUGUUCCGCUAUGGCUCCAUCCUGCCCCUGGUGAUGCACAGCAACCCUGUGGAAACGACCCUUGGGGGUUACCGCAUUCCUAAGAGGACCUGGGUCAUCGGCAACAUCCGCGGCAUCCACUGGGACAAGCAGAUGUGGGUGGACCCUGAGAUCUUCCGUCCUGAAAGGUUCUUGAGCGAUUCAGGUCAGCAGCUGCUACACACUAAAAACAUGGUGGCCUUCUCCCUCGGGAGGAGGAACUGUCUUGGAGAGUCCCUGGCGAGGAUUGAGGCGUUUCUCUUCCUGACGGGGUUCUUGCAGCGAUACAUCGUCAGCGUCCCACCGGGGCAGGAGGUACCUCAUACUCGUUAUGUGUUAGGAAUCACUCUCAACCCUCUAGAGUUCUCCGUUCAGAUUGACCACAGAGCAGCGCCAUUCUUACACAGCUAGCUACAUAACUCUAGUUACGUGAAGUAUAUUCCAACUGUUAGCGCUAUUAAAUAAUAUAGAUGUAAUAUAACAACACAAACUGAGUGAUUACAAAUCACUCAGUUUUAACAUAUCAUGGAAUUACCCUAAUAACUGUAAUCAAAUCUCUGUCCCUGACUUCCACUUGGCUGAUUUCAUAGGACUGAGAAAUUACAUGGGUGGGUUGAAAUGGAAUGACCUGGAAAUGGAAUGCCACCGUUAGGUAGACGGUGAUGGUUGCCAAUAUGACGUUUUCCAGAGCAUAGUUCUAGCUGCUCAGACAACUUAUGUUCCGAAUAGGGAAAUUAGGUCAAACAAAAAUGAUCCUAAAUGGAUAAACAAUAGAUUAAAACAUCUCAUUGGUCAAAAGCUUCUUGGCAUUACGGCUGAGUGCCCGUAAUGCCAAGGCAUGAUAGUGGCUCUCUUUGCACUACAAAUCAUUAUAAACUUC